AUGAGCGAACAUAUUGCAAGAUCCGGUAAGAACAUUGGAAAUAUUCAUCACCAUUCUGUGCCAACAACACUUCGCAAAGCAAAGAUGUUUCUUGAAGAUGAAUAUCUUCACGAAAUCAUGGCAACCUGUGAUGAACACUGCUUUUAUUUCAAAGCAAAAUGCUGCCACAGUUACAGGAAAAACGACCCGCCGCAUCAGCUAAAAUUGGCCUUGUGUAUUGUUAAGGGUGACGUUCUCAAUUCCACUUGUACCUGUGUGGCUGGAAAAGUGGGAUUUUGUAAUCACACAUCGGCGCUAAUGCUGAAACUUUGCAAAUUCAGUCUAUAUGAAGCUAAAACUACAAGGGACUUACAAAAAGACGCAGACGAGAAUCCACAAGUAGCAUGUACUUCCCAGCUUCAAUCCUGGAACAAGAAAGGUGGAGGCGAAAAUAUAGUAGCUGUAAUAUAGUAACCUGUCAUGGAGGUUGUGGUAAAAAAGGCAAAACUGGAUGAACCAAGCACCUCACGUUGUGGCGGUGGUGUGAAAUGCUUAUUGUAUGAAGCCAGAAGACAACCACAACAUGAUCUGGAAAGAGAGAAGGCUUUUAAAUCUGAACUUUCAGGAAUUGAUCCAGACUUGGGUUUUGCUCAUAUGAACAAAGAAAAAAACCUAGCUUUUGAACUGAGUGAUACCAAAUUUGGCAAAAGUCCUGUUGGGUCGUUCUUGAGUUAUCAAACUUCUUUCACAGAAUCGAAUUUCUCUGCUCAAGCGAAUCUAGGCUCAGUUCAGAGAGUAAAUGAUGUUGCCCUGGACCUCACUCAUUAUCCUCGCUUUCCUAUGACAAAUGAGGAGGACAUGACCACACCUCGGGAGCUCUCAGAUUCUGAGAAGAACUUGCUGUCUACUCUAAAUGUGGAUGAAGACAAAAUCCAUGAAAUCGAAAGCAAAACAAGGGAUCAAUCAGCAUCUGAAAUGUGGAAGCAAGAACGCACCUAUCGAUUUACUGCCUCUAACUUCCAAGCGAUUACCAAGAGGAAAAGGAAUCAUGAUACCUAUGCACAGUCCAUCAUGCUCCCAAAGCCAUUUUCCUCGAAAUAUGUUGCCCAUGGCAUUAAGUAUGAACCCAUCGCUCUUCAAGAGUAUCAGAAAUUCAUGUUCAACCAGAAAACACCAGUAGCUGUUUUAAGGAGUGGAUUUGUCGUAUCAAAAAGUUGUCCAGUACUAGGUGCCUCGCCUGAUGCAAAAAUUGUGGAUAAAGGAUGUGUACAUUGCUUUGGUUUGGGAGAGGUAAAGUGUCCCUACAGCAAGUUCCAUGAAACACCCUUGGAUGCAUGCUCUGAUCCCAAUUUUUUUAUGGAGAAAAUAAAUGACAAAGAGUGCAGACUGAAAAGGGAUCACGCAUACUAUGCACAAGUGCAAGGACAAAUGGGGAUAACUGGAAGCAAGUGGUGUGAUUUCAUUGUUUAUACCAGCAAGGGACUGUACGUGGAGAGGAUAGCCUUUGAUCCUGACUACUGGAGAAACUUACAAACUGAACUUUUAACUUACUAUUUUUUACACUUCAUUAAGUUUGCUGCUGAGGACUAUCAGAAAAAUGCAGUAGAUAAUUAG